AGUUGCAGUCCAAGUGGAACUGUGCUGACCAUGGGGCCAAUAGGUUCAGAGGCUGAUGAGAACCAGACAGUGGAGGAAGUAAAGGUGGAGCAGUAUGGGCCAGGGCAAACCACUUCUAGAAAUGAGCUGGUCCCUGACCCUGAGCCAGAGCUCAUAGACAGCACCAAGCUGAUUGAAGUACAGAUUGUCCUCAUCUUGGCCUAUUGCUCCAUCAUCUUGCUUGGGGUGAUUGGCAAUUCCUUGGUGAUCCAUGUGGUGAUCAAAUUCAAGAACAUGCGCACAGUCACCAACUUUUUCAUUGCCAAUCUAGCUGUGGCUGACCUUCUGGUGAACACCCUAUGCCUGCCCUUCACUCUCGCCUACACCUUAAUGGGGGAGUGGAAAAUGGGUCCUGUCUUAUGUCACCUGGUACCCUAUGCCCAGGGCCUGGCAGUUCAGGUAUCCACAAUCACCUUGACAGUGAUUGCCCUGGAUCGGCAUCGAUGCAUUGUCUACCACCUGGAGAGCAAGAUCUCCAAGCACAUCAGCUUCCUGAUCAUUGGGUUGGCCUGGGGCAUCAGUGCCCUUCUGGCAAGCCCCUUGGCCAUCUUCCGGGAGUAUUCUCUGAUUGAAAUUAUUCCAGACUUUGAGAUUGUAGCCUGUACUGAAAAGUGGCCUGGUGAGGAGAAGAGCAUCUAUGGCACUGUCUACAGCCUUUCCUCCUUGUUAAUCCUGUAUGUGUUGCCUCUGGGCAUCAUAUCUUUUUCCUACAUUCGCAUCUGGAAUAAACUUAAGAACCAUGUUAGGCCUGGAGCUGCAAAUGACCAGUACCAUCAGCGAAGGCAGAAAACCACCAAAAUGCUGGUGUGUGUGGUGGUGGUGUUUGCCGUCAGCUGGUUGCCUCUCCAUGCCUUCCAACUUGCUGUUGACAUUGACAGCCAGGUUUUGGACCUAAAGGAGUACAAACUCAUCUUCACAGUGUUCCACAUCAUUGCCAUGUGCUCUACCUUUGCCAACCCCCUGCUCUAUGGCUGGAUGAACAAUAACUACAGAAAGGCUUUCCUCUCAGCUUUUCACUGUGAGCAGAGGUUGGACUCCAUUCACUCUGAGGUGUCUGUGACAUUUAAGGAUAAAAAGAACUUGGAAGUCAAAAAGAAUAAUGGCCCCAAUGAGGCUACUAAUGUCUGAGGAAGCAGGUGUGUGAAAAUAUAUGAA